CUUCAACACGUGAAUUCGCCUAAUUCUACAAAAAAGAAAUGGCUUUGCAACUUCUGUCGCAGAAGUCUCUCUGCCGGGGGACCGUUGGAAGGGGUCGUAGAAGAGUCUCUUGCCCCAGUUCGGGGUCUCCUGAAAUGAGCGCUGAUGUCGAAACGAGGGUCCUGGUCAUAAACACCGGCGGAACCAUCGGGAUGGUCUUGCAUGAUGGCGUUCUGUCUCCAGAACCUAAUGCUCUUGUCAAAACUCUGCGCAAACUCCCCAUUCUGCAUGAUGAGCAGUACGCAGAAAAGACGAAGCUCUAUGAAUGUUUCAAGCCUGAGGACAAAACACUAGUGCUGCCACGAUCUAAACUGGGCAAGAGGGUUGUGUAUACAUUUUUAGAGUAUUGUCCCCUGCUCGACUCCAGCAAUAUGACCCCGAAUGACUGGACCACUAUUGGAAAAGACAUUGAGAAAUACUAUGAGCAAUAUGAUGGUUUUGUCGUCCUGCACGGCACAGACACAAUGGCUUACACCACCUCUGCUUUAUCCUUCAUGUGUGAGAAUCUGGGAAAGCCCGUGAUCCUCACCGGCUCACAGGUGCCCAUCUUUGAGAUGAGGACUGAUGGAAGGGACAACCUCCUGGGGGCGCUGUUGAUUGCAGGACAGUUUGUAAUCCCUGAGGUUUGCCUCUAUUUUCAUCACAAGCUGUACCGAGGUAAUCGUGUUACCAAAGUGGACUCUGGAAGCUUUCAAGCAUUCGCCUCCCCAAACCUGCCACCAUUAGCCAAUGCUGAAAUCGACAUCAACAUUAACUGGGAUACUGUGUGGCGACCCAGCACAACUGCCAAAUUCACGGUCUACACUCAAAUGAACCUCAAUGUGGGUCUCCUGCGACUCUUCCCAGGGAUCACUACUGAUACAAUCAAGGCCUUCUUGAAGGCUCCCAUGGAGGGUGUCAUUUUGGAGACGUACGGCAGCGGUAAUGCCCCUGACAACCGCGCUGACCUGCUGGAAGAGAUCCGUAAAGCGACUGAGAGAGGACUCAUCAUGAUCAAUUGCACUCAGUGCCUCAGGGGCACGGUCACAAUAUCAUACGCCACUGGCCAGGCUCUGAGUAAGGCUGGAGUGGUUGCUGGAUUUGAUAUGACCCCGGAAGCUGCUCUUUCAAAACUCUCCUAUGUGCUGGCAAAACAAAACUGUAGUACAGAAGAGAAGAAAAAGAUGAUGAGUCAAAAUCUGCGUGGUGAGAUGGUGGCUGACCUGGAGGGGGCAAAGCUUUCUCUCAGCGACAGUCGCUUUAUACAGAUUAUAGCCAAGACCCUCAGCAUUGGCUGUAAAGAGGAGCUUGAAGCCAUACGAGAUGCACUAAUGCCAUCUCUGGCCUGUGCUGCUGCUAAGAACGGAAACAUUGAGACUUUAGAGGCCAUAAGGGAAAUGGGAACAAACUUGAAUAAGGCAGAUUAUGAUGACCGCACUCCCCUUCACAUCGCCGCAUGUGAGGACCAUCUGAAUGUAGUGGAUUAUCUGCUGGGUAAAGGGGCCACCGUCUUUGCCAAAGACCGUUUUGGCGAUACACCUCUUCGCAAUGCCAUUCACCUCAGACAUAAGGAAGUUGUGGAGCUGCUGAGGAACCGUGGAGCUCACCUCUCCCAAGAUGAAUUGCAGGAUACUGGAACGGAGCUGUGCCGUCUUUCUGCAAGUGGCGACUUGGAGGGAUUGAAGAUUUGGAAGUCAGCUGGGGUUAACAUGGCCAUGUCCGGCUAUAAUGGGAAGACACCUGUUGAAGUGGCAAGAGCCUUGGGACUUAAGGAGGUUGUGGACUUCCUAGAGACUGCUUAGGGCCAAAUUCAGAAUGGGGAGUUUAUCAAGAAUACUUCUUGUCCAACAAGACCCUGAGGAGGCUCGCUGUCACUUCCUGCCAUUAUCAUCUUUCCACUUUCUUAUUGCUUGUAAUAGUAACUUUUAAUAACAAUAACAAUAAUACUAAUAAUAAAAAGAAGAAAUUGGAAAAAAAAGCAAGUUAACAGCAAGCUUUUAGAUUUUAACCAUUGUUAUGCUCAUAGUAAAAAAAAUCAUAAUCAAUUCUGUAUCUGUAAACUUUAAGAGAAUUUUCCAGCACAGGAUACUGUAACUGCUGCUUUCAAAACAAUCUGAAAAUCUUUCUGGGAUGGUGUAAUGAUUACAUAUA